AUGCCUGAAAAGGAUGUUGAGGAUGUGGAUGAAUUGCAGUCAACACCUCCUAGAGAUGACACUCCGAAGCUCACCUGGAACUAUAGAGAUAAGAGUGUCGUUGUACCUGCUGGUAGGAGGGAAUUUGCAGAUGCAUAUGGUGUCUGCCACAUGCCAGAAGACAAGUUAGGAGACAUGAUGACACAAAUGGCGUUGGAUGAUGGGGUUGGUAGCCAUGACAUAGGACGCCAGAAAGAUGGUGAAACACAUUUUGGCUAUGUCACUCGUGACACUGAGACCGGAGCUGAGCAGGUUGUGCUCUUCAAGAAAUGA